AUGGUACCGUCAUUCAAUCGCGAUCUCAAACCUACAUUCAAGCGUUCUUCAUUCGCGAUCUGGGAGAAUGGGAAUCUUUUUUUCGGCAUACCAGAUGGAAGCAAAUGUGUGGAAGUUUUUGUUGGUGGGUUGGCCCGGUCUGUAACUGAAGACAAGGUUCAUAAGGUCUUUUCAACUUGUGGAGAAAUCAUGGACAUUCACUUGAUAAAAGAUCAAAACGGUAGCCUAAAGGGGUUUGGCUUUGUACGCUUUACAACAAAAGACGUUGGUGACAAAGCUCUAAAGGAGUUAAAUGAAUCUAUGCUAAAAGGGAAAAAGAUUGUUUUCGUCUCAUGCUGCUGCAGCACGCGUAGUCGCGCACUUAAGGUUGGUGCUAAGCCAAAUUUUGUUCUUGGUGGUACUUUGCAUCCAUCUGUUAAGUGGGCUGAAGAGGAUGCUGGAGUUGAUACACAGGAACUUGCUAAGAUAAAAAUAGCAUUUAUCAUAAACUUACCGUCUACUGCUGAUGAAAACUACUUGAAGUUACUCUUUGGUCCCUUUGGCAAGGUAGGUUGUGUUCAGGGGUGGAGCCACACCGUGAGUGUGAAAACAAAACCUUUUUGCCAAUUUGUUCAGAUUUAUCCAAUCGAGCAAUGGAUUGACUGCUCUUCAUUUGAGAUUGAUGUACAUAUCAGAGGAUGGUUAUACCCAAGAUUGCGAUUUGGCAGCUAUAUUAAACGUGCUGAAGAGAGCUCUAUUGCUGGCUUGAAGAGAGGUUUCGAUGCUUUGAACAGCUAUCUAGCAUCACACACUUUCUUGGUCGGUGAUGGUGUCACCUUGGUUGAAGAAGAAGAGGCACCGAAGCCUAAGCUGAACAACCCUCUUGAUUUAUUACCUCCGAGAGUCGUCGAAGGAGCUACUUAUUUCAUCCGUGUACCAGCAAAGAUUGAUGCACAUAUCAGAGGACGAUUAUAUCCAAUAAUGCGAUUUGGCAGCUAUAUUAAAUGUGCUGAAGAGAGCUCUAUUGCUGGCUUGAAGAGAGGUUUCGAUGCUUUGAACAGCUAUCUAGCAUCACACACUUUCUUGGUCGGUGAUGGUGUCACCUGGGUUGAAGAAGAAGAAGAGGCACCGAAGCCUAAGCUGAAGUUUUUGGGUGGAAGCUUCACUUGUGAUGCUUACUAUACAGCCACAUCCACAAGGUUGACGAUACAAGACCAAAAGUGGAGACGCGACAUUUUUGUCCUCUAUGGAGGUAACUUUUGUAUGACACAACUAUGUAUGAUUUAGUCGCUACAAGCCAAAAACGAUUUAACACUUUUUCAUAUUAUUCAGUUGUUGCUUUACUGGAGGAAACUAAUUAUUAAUAAAUUGUAUAAAACGGCGGGGAUUCU